AUGAGCAAAGCUAUGGCAUCGAAAAAGUUAAAGUCCGCUUUAACAAAACCUAAAGCCACUUUCACCUUUGCCCUAGGCGAGGAACGAAAGAAACGAAUUGCGGCCCGUACGCGCCAACUAAACACCCCGCUGCCAAUCGAUCUAGAGGUGCUGAUCGAACAAAGGAUCAAACAACUGAGCGAUAAUAGCUUCGUGUUUCUCACAUAUGCAUACUCCAAGAGCAGCGAACAGUUUACGCCGUACAGUUUCUUGGAGGUUCCAUUCAGCAAAGCGAAUAAGCACGAAUAUUUCACUGUCAGCCGCCAUGGUGUUACUUAUUGGAGCGACACGGAAAACCACUUUUCGGAUCUUGACUCGUGGCUGGCGGACUACCGGAAGUACCGCCGACUGACGGAGAUCGGUUUCUUCAAGCACUACCGCCGCGCAAAGGCAUUCCGAAUCUGGCAGCGGAACAUCAAGUGGUACAAGUACGAGGGCGCCCGUCAGAAGAUUGGCGUCUGUGCCUUUAUCGCACUACCCCGACUGGCCAGUGCCCUGCUAACGAUGCAGGAAGAGUUUGUGCAGCUGGUCGGGUUUCGAUUUUUCGAUGUGUCCGUGUCGGAAAACUGGCACCUUCCGUAUUUCAUCGAGACACAAAUGACGACCUUCGAGCAGGUUCGCGAUUUGCUCCUGCAGUUACACGACAAAAUGCGAAGCGUUUUAUUCGAAGCCUGCUGCAACACGUUGAUCGAUCGUGGCUUCUCGCCACAGGACGAAGCGAUCAAUGUGACCAACAAGAAGAAGCUGAAGGAUCUGAUGAGUUUCACGGAGCGAGCAAACAAGCGCAAGCUGUGUGCAUUGUUGGCCCGCUUUCUUGGUUGUGCCGAUCAGAUGAUGAUCACGUUGCUCCAUCAAAUCUUGCGAGAAUCGUUCAAGAAUCUGGCCAAUGUGUUCUCGAACUAUGUCGAAGGUGACUCGAUACUGGAUACAGAAGUGAACCAGGUUGCAAAACCGCCCUUCAUGAAGGUGGAGUUAGUUUUGCAGGCGAACCAAAUAGACCUGGAUCCAUCCCUGGAAGUCACCCAGCGUAUGCUGGAAGACUUGAGCAACUUGGUAAUGCGCACGGUGUACAAAAUCGAUCGCUUUCAAAGUGAUCCGUACUUCGACAUUUACACGCAACCCACCAUAAUGGGGAGGAAAGAAGAUCGCUUGUGUGGAAGCGCCCCGAGUUUGGACUUUAUCAUUAGAAACGAUGCCCAGCUGUCCAGCGAUAUCAAAACAAUAUUCGAUGAUAUUGCCGAGGCCUACACAAACGUUGACCAGUACGUGCUGCAGUUCGAUCGGAUUCGGCUAGAUUACCAGGACAAUUUGGCCGUCGACCAUGCGGUGAUCCGUGGCGAAACGAACCUAGAGGUACUGAGAGCGUACUGCGAACGCUUCUGCAAUCAGAUGGCCGAGCUGGAGAAGAUCCAAGAAUCACAUCCGCUCGGUUUGCUGCAAGUGAAGCAGGUUGCCUUCCGCGAGGAAAUAACGCCCAUCUGCCAGCAGCUGUUGGCGGUGCUGGACGAAACCAUUCCGCGGCUGGCGAUGGAAAAGAUUAACUACGUGGAGCAGAAGGGCGAAGAAAUACAGACCAAGCUGCUGAUCGUGCCGGAGGAAACCAAUCACUACAUCUACUACUUCAACCAUCUGGAGGUGUGCCACGAGCAUGUGGCCAGUUUGCAGAAGGAGCUAAACUAUGCGUUCGAAGCACUGAAGAUCAUGAAGCACUACAAGGUGGCCUUUUCGAAUGAAAAUAAGGAUAAAUAUUUAGAUAUGGAAGAGUUUUUGAACGAAAUCAACGAGACGCUGGAGAGUAAGCGUGCCCAGAAGCAGGAUCUGAUCAACAAGUUCGAUCUGUGCCUACAGUCGGACAUUACGAAAAUAUUCUCCGAAGUAGAGGACAUUCUCGAGGAGGUGCUCAAAGAGUGGCUCCUUGAUUUGGGCUCAGAUCCCGCCCAGAUCCGCGACUGUUUGAUCGAUCUUUCCGAGCGGCUCACGAUGUGUCAGCGGAAGGCACACGAGUACAAAAAGUACCAGAAAGAGUUUCGGCUCGAGGUGACGCGCUUCGAAAAGCUCGACCUGGUCAUCAACGAGGUGAAGCUCCGCCAAAUACUGUGGGACAGUGUGCAGCAGUGGAAGGAAUCGGUGGAAAUUUGGAACGAGAUACACUUCCACGAGCUGAGUAUGGACGAGGUGGAAGCGUUGAAUACGAAGAUUCUGAAAAACUGCGCCAUGCUCGACAAAAAUCUGCCGAAGAAUGACAUCAUCCCGAAGCUGAAGGCAGAGGCGGAAGAGUUUAAGGAUAAAAUCCCGGUGCUGGGCUUUCUGCGCAACCCGGCGCUCAAGACACGCCACUGGAUCAAAAUCGAACAGAUCCUGAACCGCCACCUGGCGGAGGAAACGGAAAUCUAUCUGCACACGUUCGAGGAUGUGAACGCGUUCGAGGAAGAUGUGGCCGCCGAGCUGAUGGAGGUUUCGAAUAUGGCCAGCGCCGAGGCUGGCUUAGAAACGCUGCUCAACAAGGUGGAGAACGCCUGGAAGGAGCUGGAGCUGACGGUAGUGAGCCACCGGGACCAUCGCGAUGUCUUCGUUCUGGCUGGGAUCGACGAAAUUCAGACGGUGCUCGACGAGUCUAGCAUUAACGUGAGCACGGUGGCAGCCUCACGCCACGUGGGCCCCAUCAAGCCGAAGGUGGACGACUGGGUGGCCCAGUUGGAUCUGUUCUCGAGGACCCUCGAUGAAUGGAGCCAGUGCCAGCAGUCGUGGAUUUACCUGGAGGCGAUAUUCUCGGCGCCCGACAUACAGCGCCAGUUGCCCCACGAAACACAAAUGUUUCUCCAGGUGGACAAGGCGUGGAAGGACCUGAUGCGGCGCACGCAGAAAGCACCACUGGCGCUCGGGGCUAUGACCGCGGAGGGAGUGCUGGAGCAGCUGCAGAUCAACAAUAUGCUGCUGGAGAAAGUGACCCGCUGCUUGGAGGCGUACCUCGAGGUGAAGCGGAUGGCUUUUCCUCGCUUCUACUUCCUGUCCAACGACGAGCUGCUGGAGAUACUGGCACAGACCAAAAACCCGUACGCGGUACAACCGCAUCUGCCCAAGUGCUUCGACGCGAUCGCCAUGAUCGAGUUUGGUAAGAAAAAGUCGGAAGCGGACGAGGAACCAACGAUGACGAACGAUAUCAUCGCCAUGGUGUCGCCCGAAGGCGAACGGUUAACGUUUGGCGUGGGUCUGAAGGCCCGCGGGGCCGUCGAAGACUGGCUGUCGAAGGUCGAGGAGGCAAUGUUUCUGGCGGUGAAACGGUACAUGCGCCACGGUUAUCGGGUGUACGGUCUGAAGGAUCGAUCGUACUGGAUGCAGGAACAUCCCAAUCAGGUCGUGCUCACCGUUUCGCAGCAGCAGUGGGCGGCCGAGGUGCACUGCAUCCUGGAGGGCACCGGUAAUGUCGAUAAGGGGUUGGAAGAGUUUCACGCGAAGCUAACGAAGAAUCUGACCGUUCUGGCGACGAUUGCGCGGACUAAAAUUUCCAAACUGGUCCGGAAGGUGCUCUGCGCGUUGAUUACGAUCGAUGUACACGCGAAGGACAUGAUCGCGGGGAUGAUCGAGCGACGGGUGCAGAAAUCGACCGACUUCGAGUGGCAGAAAAUGUUACGCUACUAUUGGCUGCCGGAGACGGAGGUGAUGGAGACGAAAAUGGCAUCCGCCAAUCUGCCGUACUUCUACGAGUACCUGGGGGCCUCGGGGGUGCUGGUCAUUACGCCGCUCACCGAUCGGUGUUACCUCUGCCUGAUGGGAGCGCUACAGAUGGACCUCGGGGGUGCCCCGGCCGGACCGGCCGGGACGGGUAAAACGGAAACGACCAAGGAUCUGGCCAAAGCACUCGCCAUCCAGUGUGUGGUGUUUAACUGCUCCGAUGGCUUGGAUUACAAGAUGAUGGGUCGCUUUUUCACCGGCCUCGCACAGUCCGGUGCCUGGUGUUGCUUCGACGAGUUCAAUCGGAUUGACAUCGAAGUGCUGUCGGUCAUUGCGCAACAGUUGAUCACCAUCCGGCACGCGAAGGCUGCCAAAAUGAAACGGUUUCUGUUCGAGGGACGCGAAAUUCGCCUCAAGCCCUCGUGCGCCGCUUUCAUUACGAUGAAUCCCGGGUACGCCGGACGGACGGAGUUGCCCGACAAUUUGAAGGCCCUAUUUCGACCGAUAUCGAUGAUGGUGCCGGACUAUGCACUGAUCGCGGAGGUGAUCCUCUACUCGGAGGGGUUCGAGGGUUCGAAAAUGUUGGCCAAAAAGAUGGUCCAGAUGUACAAGCUGUGCAGCGAGCAGCUAAGCCAGCAGGAUCACUACGAUUUUGGGAUGCGUGCGGUCAAGAGUGUGCUCGUAAUGGCCGGUGCGCUGAAGCGCGCCUCACCCGAUCAGCCGGAAGAGGUAACGCUCAUAUCGGCACUGCGUGAUUCAAACCUUCCCAAGUUUCUCGCAAACGACGCACUUCUGUUCAACGGAAUACUGAGCGAUCUGUUCCCGACCGUCGAGUUGCCCGAGCCGGAGCGCGGUGAGCUGCAGACCGCGAUCGAGCAGUGUAUGAUCGAGCGCAAUCUUCAGCCCGUGCCGGAGCUGGUGCUCAAGACGCUGCAGCUGUACGAAACGAUGGUGGUCCGCUGGGGGGUAAUGUUGGUCGGACCGACUGGAAGCGGCAAAACUACGGUGUUGCAAAUGCUUGCCAGUGCCUUCGAGAAGCUGUACGCGGAGCAAGUUCCGGGACGGCUGUUUCGCCCGGUACGUACCCAGACGCUCAAUCCGAAGGCCGUUUCGAUGGACGAACUGUACGGGUUCGUGAACCUAGCUACGAUGGAGUGGCGAGAUGGGCUCCUCGGGUUGGCCAUUCGAUCUGCAGUGGGUGAGACGGAUGAGAUUCACCAGUGGGUUGUGUGCGAUGGACCGGUCGAUGCGGUUUGGAUCGAAAAUCUCAACACGGUGCUGGAUGACAAUAAGAUGCUGUGUCUGGCAAACUCCGAGCGCAUCAAGCUCACCGCCUGGGUCCACAUGGUGUUUGAGGUGCAGGAUCUGGCGCAAGCCUCUCCGGCCACGGUGUCACGCUGCGGUAUGGUAUACUUGGACCCCCUGCACUUGGGCUGGACGUCGAUCGUACGGUCGUGGCUCAACACGGUCCAGCAUCUGAAUCUCGAUGGCGACCUAAAACAGCACCUUCUGACGCUGUACGAGCGGCACUACGCGAAGGUGACGACCUUUGUGCAGCGCAACUGUAAAUGGAGCAUCGCGCAAGUCAACAUUAGCAAGCUAAUGCUGAUGACGAAGCUGCUGUACUUGCUGCUGCAAGGCACGGCGGGUUUGCAUCUCAUGGAGCGGGGAGAGGCCAAGCACUACGUCUUCAAGAUGUUCACCUGGAGUCUGCUGUGGUCGUUCGGUGGCAAUCUUCUGGACGACUCGAAGGUGCGGUUCGAGCAGCACUACCGAUCGUUGCUUGACGAGGAGGAACUGGGACUCCUACCGAAAGAUACGCUUUGGGAUUUUCGAAUCAACACGAAGACACGCACCUGGGAAAGCUGGAAUGCGAUUCACCCGAAGUUUGUGUACAAUCCCGGCGUGCCGUACUUUGAGUUGCUGGUCCCCACGCUGGACACCACCAAGUAUGGGUUUGUGGGCGAAAUGUUGCUCCAGCACCAGUGCCCGGUAAUGUUCACCGGCGACACGGGCGUGGGGAAGUCCGUGCUGGCCCGCGAGGUACUGAACCGGUUGAUGCAGGUCAACGUGAUACCGAUCGUGGUCAACUUUUCGGCCCAAAGCGACAGUGGGCGCACACAGGAGAUCAUCGAAUCGCGACUGGAACGGCGCAAAAAGACGCUGCUGGGGGCACCGAUCAACCGUAAGAUCGUCGUGUUCAUCGACGACGUUAACAUGCCGAAGCUGGACCGGUACGGGAGCCAGCCACCGAUCGAGCUGUUGCGCCAGUUUGCCGACUUCCGUGGGGUGUACGAUCGAGAGAAGAUGUACUGGAAGGAGAUUGUGGACGUAACGCUCGGGGCGGCCUGUGCACCGCCUGGUGGCGGCCGGAACGUGCUGACGCCGCGCUUCAUUCGACACUUUGCCCUGUUUUCACUGCCUUCGCCGAGUAGCGAUACGCUGAAAACGAUCUUUAAGGCCCUGCUGGGUGGGUUUCUCAACGAUUUCAGCAUGGCGAUAAGGCCGCUGGCGGAGCCCGUGGUCGAGACGGCCGUUUCGGUGUACGAGCGCAUUCUGGCCGAGUUGCUGCCGACGCCGAAGAAAUCGCACUACGUGUUCAAUCUGCGCGAUCUGUCCAAGUGCAUCCAAGGCGUGCUGCAGGCAGACUCGUCGAGCUACAUCAAUCCGAUACAGCUGAUGCGUCUGUUCUACCACGAGUCGCUGCGGAUAUUCUACGAUCGGCUGAUCAACGACGAGGACAAGGCGUACUUUAAGCAGCUGCUGCAGGACUGCUGUGAAAAGUACUUCGAAACAACGAUCGUACAGCCCGAGGAAACGAUCAUGUUCGGGGAUUUUAUUGUGUUCGGCCAGGCGCCCGACGAUCGCGUGUACGAGGAGAUCAAGGAGAUGAAGAAACUGAAGACGGUUCUGUCGGACUACCUGGAGGACUACAAUGGCUCGGUGGGAACGGAAAUGAAUCUGGUGUUUUUCACCGACGCCAUCGAGCACAUUGUGCGCUUGGCGCGGCUGCUGCGCUCCGAACGGGGCAACGGUUUGCUGGUGGGAGUGUCGGGUAUGGGCAAGCAAAGCCUCGCGAAACUGGCGGCCCACAUUAAUGGGUACCAGUGUCACCAGAUUGCUCUGCGGCGGGGCUACGAUCACGGGUGCUUCCGCGAGGACCUGCGGCGCAUCUACUGGAUCGCGGGUGUGCUGAACAAGGCGACCGUUUUCCUGAUCACCGACACGCAGAUCGUGCACGAGUCGUUCAUGGAGGACAUCAACAACAUCCUGAACUCGGGCGAGGUCCCGAACCUGUUCGAGGGGGACGAGUACGAAAAGAUCAUUCUGAACGCGCGCCAACCGUGCAUCGAGAGUGGCUACCCGAACCAGACGCGCGACGGUAUCUUUGAGUUUUUCACCAAACGCGUCCGGACGAACCUACACGUGAUCGUGUGCAUGAGCCCGGUCGGGGACACGUUCCGGCGGCGGUGCCGUAUGUUUCCGUCGCUGGUGAACUGCUGCACGAUCGAUUGGUUCGUGAAGUGGCCAGCCGAAGCGUUGCGCAGUGUGGCCGUCGGUUCGCUGAAGGACGUGUCGGACAACGAGGUGCAGUGUAAGCAUCUGGCGCAGAUCUGCGUGAUGGUGCACGAGAGCGUGGAGAGCAUCUCGGAGCGGUUCUACCGCGAGAUGAGACGCCACUACUACACCACCCCGAGCAGCUACCUGCAGCUGCUGCACCAGUACCGGGUGCUGGUGCAGAAGCGCAUCGAGACCAUCCUGCACAAGAAGGACCGCAUCGCGAACGGGUUGAGCAAAAUCCUCGAGACGAACCAGGUGGUGGCGGAGAUGGGCGAGGAGUUGAAAAAGUUCGUUCCGAUCCUGGAGGAAAAGUCGCGCAACAUGAAGGACCUGCUGGCGAAGCUGGACAAGGACAAUGUGACGGCCGAGAACGUGAAGAAGAGCGUCGCGAAGGACGAGGCCGAGGCGAAGGUGAAGGCCAGCGAAACGCAGGAGAUCGCCGAUGAAGCGGCCAAGGAUCUGGAGAUCGUUUUGCCGACGCUGCAGGCGGCCCAGGAUGCGCUCAAGUCGCUCAACAAGAACGACAUCAACGAACUGCGCGUGUUCCAGAAACCCCCGAAAUUGGUCCAGUUCGUGAUGGAGGCCGUCUGCAUUUUGCUCGGUGCCAAGGCCGACUGGAACACGGCGAAGGUCGUUAUGUCGGAUGUGAACUUUCUGAAAAAGCUAGAAGACUACGACAAGGAACACAUUCCCGAGGCUGUCAUAAAGAAGCUUAAAACAUACGUGGAUCACAAAGAUUUUCAACCGACGACCAUUGAGAAAGUGUCGAAAGUGGCCAAAUCCAUGUGCCUAUGGGUGAUUGCGAUUGAGAAGUAUGCCAAAAUUUACAAGGUGGUCGAACCGAAAAUCAAGCGCCAGAAGGCGGCGGAAAAGGAACUCGGCGAGGUCAUGCAGCUGCUGAAGUCGAAGCAAAGCGAGCUGGCCGAAAUCGAGGCCAAAAUAUCGAUGCUGAUGGCCACGCUGGAGGAGAAGAAGCGCGAAAUGAAGCUACUGCAGGAUCACAACGAUCUGACGGCGGCCCGUUUGAACCGGGCCGGGCGGCUCACGUCGGCCCUGGCCGACGAGGAAGUGCGUUGGCGCGAGACGGUCAAACAGCUGACGGCGGAACACUUCGCGGUGCCGGGCGAUGUGCUGGUCGCGUCGGCGUACGUGGCGUAUCUGGGUGCGUUCCCGAUCGAGUACCGGCGGACGCUGUCGGAGAUCUGGGUGUCGGAGUGCAAACGGCUGAACAUACCGAGCAGCCCCGCGUUCAAUUUGGUGCAGAUCUUGGGCGACUCGUUUCAGAUACGCGAGUGGACCAUGCACGGACUGCCGUGGGACGAGAUCUCGAUCGAGAACGCCAUCAUCGCUACGGAGGGUGGCCGUUGGCCGCUGAUGAUUGACCCGCAGGAGCAGGCCAAUCGGUGGAUUCGCAACAUGGAGGCACGGAACGAGCUGCGCAUCAUCAAGCUGACCGAUGGCAACAUGAUGAGGGUACUGGAAGUUUGCAUUCGGCAAGGUUUCCCGAUGCUGAUUGAGGACGUGCAGGAAACGUUGGAUCCCGUGCUUGGCACGGUGCUGAUGAAACAGGCAUUUCUGCGCAACGGACGGUUCAUGAUCAAAUUGGGCGAUGUCGAUGUGGAUUACGAUAGCAACUUCCGCCUGUACAUGACCACGAAGCUACCGAAUCCACACUUUUUGCCCGAAAUCUGCAUUCAAGUGAGUUUGGUCAACUUUCUUGUGUCCCGAAGCGGUCUGGAAGAUCAGCUACUAGCGGAGAUUGUUAAAAUUGAGCUACCCGAGAUGGAGAGACAGCGCAGCGAUUUGAUACUCACGAUCAACGCGGACAAACAACAGCUGCUGGUGUUGGAGGACAAAAUCCUCAAGACCCUGUACAGUUCGCAGGGAAACAUUCUCGAUGACGAGGAUUUGGUGGAGUCGCUCAACGAGUCGAAGGAAAUGUCCACCAUCAUCGCCGACCGGUUGAUCGAAACCGAGCGCACCGAGGUGAACAUUGCGGCAACGCGCGAAAAGUACCGUGUCCUGGCGGCCCGCGGUGCGAUCCUGUACUUUGUCGUGGCCUCACUGUCCGAGAUCGAUCCGAUGUAUCAGUUCAGCUUGCGCUACUUUACGCAGGUGUACUGUUCGGUGAUAGAGCAACCACACGGCAAGAAGGAACUGCCGGAGCGAUUGGCCGGCCUGCUGUCGGACAUCACGUUUACGGUGUUUGCCAACAUCUGCCGGGGGUUGUUCGAGAAGCACAAGCUCAUCUGCGGCUUUCUGAUCGCGUUUGCCAUCAGCAAGGAAGCGCAGCAGUUUUCGGACGAAGAGUUUAGCUUCAUCGUGCGCGGUCCAUCGCAGCGCAAGUUUUCGCUCGACGGCAAGCCACCGUUUUUGAGCGAAAACCAGUGGAUCGCGUGCUGCUUCCUGGAGACGCACGAUCGCGCCAAAUUUGGUGAUCUCACGAAGCAGCUGCAGCGCUCAAUGGUGAUCGAGAUCGAGGACUUUAGGGAGGAUCUAUGUCUGGCCCGGGAACCCGAACCACCGGAGGUGGACUGGAAUGCACGACUAAGUGUAGCGGAACGGCUGAUGCUGGUGGCCGCCCUAAAGGACGAGUUCCUGGUGUUGGCGGUGACGGAAUACAUUCGUCAUUCGCUCGGGAAACGCUACACCGAACCACUGAAGAAUACCGGCUUGGCGUCGCUGUAUGCGGACAUUUCACCAACGAUCCCGCUGGUGUUUGUCCUUUCGGCGGGUUCCGAUCCGAUGACGGCACUGAUCAAGUUUGCCCAGGAGCGUGAUUGCGUUGAGAAGCUGCACUCCAUCUCGCUCGGCCAGGGUCAGGGACCUGCGGCCGAAGCACUGAUCGAGGCUGGCACAAAAUGCGGCCAUUGGGUUUUCCUACAAAACUGUCACCUGGCCACCUCCUGGAUGGAGUCGAUGGAGAAAAUCGUAAGCCGCAUAACGAUGGGCCUGCAGCAGACCGAUUCGGCGUACCGUCUUUUCCUGUCCUCAAUGCCGGUUCGCACGUUUCCGAUCAGCGUGCUGCAGAACUCGGUGAAGGUAACGAACGAACCACCGAAGGGGCUGCGAUCGAACUUGGUACGCUCGGUGACGGAACUCGAUCGCAGUUGGUUCGAGUUUCACGUGCUCGGCGCACAGUGGCGUGCCAUGGUGUUCGGUCUCUGCAUGUUUCAUGGUGUCAUUUUGGAGCGCCGAAAGUUUGGGCCCCUGGGCUGGAACAUAAUGUACGAGUUUAGCGAAAGCGAUCGCGAGUGUGCACUGCGAACGCUGGACAUCUACUGCGAUCGUGAAUUGCGCGCCCCGAUCCCCUGGGAUGCGCUCGAGUACGUGAACGGAGAGAUCACUUACGGUGGCCGUGUGACGGAUGCCUGGGACCAACGGUGCCUCGGAGCGAUCCUGAAACGGUUUUCGUCGCCAGCGAUCAUGAGCUCGCCGCCGUACAGCUACAGUGCCGGUGGCUUUUACCACUGUCCGGAUGGGGCGCGAAAGCUCGAAGACUACCUUGAGUACGUGUCGAAUCUUCCCAUCCACGAUCCGCCGGACAUAUUCGGGAUGCACGAUAAUGCCAACAUUAUCUUCAACCGCAACGAAACGCGCUUCUUCCUCGAUACGCUGCUCGAAAGCCAGUCGGGUGGGGACGCAAUGGGCGAGGAAGCGGUGGUAGCGAUGGACAAGGCGUGUCUGGAAAAAAUUGAUUCCAUUCGAAAGGCGGCCGCCUUCUCGGUGGGUUGCGAUGACCUGCACCCCAGCCUGCUGCAGCGCGAUCCCAAAGGGCGUAUCCCUUCGUUGACGACGGUGUUGCUGCAGGAAGUGGAACGGUUCGAUCGGCUGCUGGCCGUGGUGCACAGCAGUUUGAACGAUCUCGAGAAGGCGAUACAAGGCUUCGUCGUGAUGUCCGAGAGCUUGGAGACGAUCUACCGUGCGUUCGGCAACAAUCAGGUGCCGGCGUUGUGGCACUCGAAAGGCUACCUCUCCACGAAGUCAUUAGCCAGCUGGGUGACCGAUUUGCAGCACCGUGUCGAGCACGUACGGGACUGGUGCGUAAACGGGCAGCCCGUUUCUUCGUGGAUAUGUGGCCUAUUCUUUCCCCAGUCCUUCCUGACCGGUACACUGCAAACGUACGCUCGGAAGCACAACAUUCCCAUCGACACGCUGCGUUUCGAUUUCGAAGUGAUGGAUCCAACGCUGCACCAGUCUCGGAUUUAUGAGGAACGAUCAAAAAAGGACAUGGUGCCGUGGUUUGGGAAGCUCUGCCCACCACAGGAUGGCGUUUACAUUCACGGGCUUUUCAUCGAAGCCGGACGCUGGGAUCGCACGGAAGGAGGACUUUGUGAUGCCCGUUAUCGAGAGCUGAUCGCUCAUUUGCCGGUCGUUUGGUUGCAACCGUGCACCAGUUUGACCGUCGGAACGCGCUACGAAGCGCCACUGUAUAAGACCAGCGUUCGGGCCGGUGUGCUCUCCACAACCGGUCAGUCUACAAACUUUGUGCUGGCGGUUCUCCUCGACACGGAGCAACCAUCCGACCACUGGAUUCUGCGGGGAACCGCACUGGUAACAUUAACGACCGAUUGA